GCUUUUUUGCAAGUUACUCGAGUUUCUUACUGGUGGAAGUUAUAAUUCCAUAUUUGAACUGCAAUAGGAGGCAAUAGUUUGAGCCAAUUUAAAAUCUAGUUCAAACUUAUUCAAUGAUUUUAGUUCUGUAGUUUAUUGUUUGUUUGGUGGGAUAUAUUUUUUAAAAACAUAUUUCUUGCUGCCACACCUUUUUGUCUUGUUUCACACAGUUCUUCACGAGGUUGUGUCAGUAAUGAAAAUUUUUUCCCAAAAAAAUAAAAAUUCAAUCUUUAACCCAAGUAUUAUUAUAUACUGUUUGAUACCUUUUAUUAACUUUUUCCUCCACACUGUAAUGUUCUGUUCUCAUCACUUCGUUGCUCGCAACAUUUUGUAGAGAAAUGGGGAAAGCUACAAGGUGGUUCAAAGGAUUUCUUGGAAUGAAGAAAGAAAAAGAAAAUGUAGACAACAUGUCGAAUUCAUCAGAAAAGAGAGACAAGAAAAGAUGGAGUUUUGGGAAGUCAUCUAAAGAUUCAACAGGUCAGGUGAACUUUCCAGGGAGUAACACUGAGGUGGAUUCUAAUUGGUUGAGAUCUUAUAUGUCUGAGAAUGAGAAAGAGCAAAGUAAGCAUGCAAUUGCAGUGGCUGCGGCCACUGCUGCCGCCGCCGACGCGGCUGUAGCGGCAGCACAGGCGGCCGUGGCAGUGGUGAGAUUGACAAGCCAAGGUAGGGGUGCUAUGUUUAAUUGUGAGCGGGAGAAAUGGGCUGCUUCCAAGAUUCAAACUGUUUUUAGGGGUUAUUUGGCCAGAAAAGCACUUAGAGCUCUCAAAGGAUUGGUGAAAUUGCAGGCUUUGGUAAGGGGUUACCUGGUCCGGAAAAGAGCUGCUGCUACUCUUCACAGUAUGCAGGCGCUUAUCAGAGCGCAGGCUUCUGUUCGAUCUCAAAGAGCUCGUCGUUCAAUGACUAAUGACAUUAGACCCGAUAUACGAGCUAGGAGGUCAAUUGAAAGAUUUGAUGAAUAUAGAAAUGAAUUCCACAGCAAGAGGCUUUCAACUUCGAAUGAGACUUCAUAUGAUGGAUUUGAUGAAAGCCCAAAAAUUGUAGAAAUCGACACAUACAGGACCAAAUCCAGGUCGCGUAGAAUGAACAAUCCUUGUAUGUCCGAAUCUGGAGAUGAGCAGUAUUAUCAACCAAUGUCAUCACCACUCCCCUGUCCACUUCCAGCCCGUCUAUCAAUCCCAGAUUGUCGUCAUCUUCAGGAUGUAAACUGGAGUUUUUUGGCAGACGAACAGUGCAAGUUCGCCUCUGCUCAAAGUACCCCUCGCUUUGCAGGUUCUAGACGGUCCAACGCGCCACCUACACCAGCCAAAAGCGUUUGUGGGGACGGAUAUUACCGGCCUUAUGCCAACUUUCCUAACUACAUGUCUAACACACAGUCGUUUCAAAAUAAGCUACGGUCCCAUAGUGCACCAAAGCAAAGACCAGAGCAGGGGCCAAAGAAGAGGCUGUCGUUGAACGAAAUUAUGGCAUCAAGAACAAGUUUUAGUGGAGUUAGAAUGCAAAGGUCUUGUUCUCAAGUGCAAGAAGAGUACUGUUUCUGAGAAUUUUUUCUUUUUAGCAACUUUGGCUUUGGGUCAAUUGAAUCAUAGAUAUAAGAUAUGGCUGUAUGGAGAAGAUAAUCUGAAGAGUCAACUUCUCUAGUGCUUAUCCUUCCACAGGAAAUGGUGACAAAUUAGUACUAGGACAGAAUGGUGUGCUUGUGUAAAUUCUUUGACAGUGUUUUAUGAAGGAAUCCUUGCUUCUUGAUUGUAUC